AUGGACAACAACUACCGUAAAAGGCCUCAUAGCGAGAGCCAGCGGCCCCCUCGGACGGGCACGUGUCUCGUGGAAGACCCGUUUACCAAAAAACGCCAACCACGGAAUUACUUAGAGUCUCUAGAAGAACGCGUAGCGGAGCUCGAGGGACUGCUGGGGAUGCAGUCCACGAAACCCGCGCCGAAGCUGGCGGCGGCAUCCCCAAGAGAGCAUAGUAGUCCAUUUACGGCCUCCAUGAAACGGAGUGAAGAUAGAAGCUUAGCAUCGAAUGCCGGGCUCCUCACCCUCAAUGCGACAGGCGCAGAGCCUCACUAUCUGGGCUCCUCGUCUGCCUUUGCCUUCUCACAGGUUGUGGCUGCUAGCCUCAAUCAAAGUACGUCUCGAGAAGGCAGUCGUGUUUCAGAACCAAAUAGCGGCGAAAUCGAGGCUCCACUUCCCCGCCUCCUACCAGAAUACGAUGUCGGUGUGAAACUAAGUAAUGCUUAUUUCGAAAACAUCCAUCCGCAGUACCCUUUCUUGCACGAGCCGACGUUCCGGCUCUGGGAACGACAAGUUCUCUUGCCCGAGGAAACACCCAAUAUUACUGGAUUCGAUGCCACACCGUUGUACUUCAUCAACAUGGCCCAUCUAUAUGGUAAAAACAUCCAUUCACUUAACUUCGCCCAAACCAACACCCACUCACACCACGACAGGAAACUAUCCGGUUUAGCCGUCCGCCAAUGCAUCGAACUGGGCUAUCACCGCAACCCUAGCAAAUUCCGCCGCACAUCCAACCUCCUCCAGCUGGAGAUGCAAAAAAGAGUAUUCUGGUGCGCCUAUGGCAUCGACUGCGAUGCAGCCAUCAAACUCGGCCGCCCCCUCUGCCUGUCUCUCCACGAAGUAGACGUCGAGUUCCCUCUAGACGUCAACGACACCGACCUCUCCGACAGCUCCCACGACCUCCCCCUCCGCAACCCGCACCUCGACCCCCCAUCCACCGUCACGAUAGCCAUCCACGUCUUCCGCCUCCGCUGUCUCUGGGCCCGCAUCCACGCCAGCCUCUACUCCGACACGAACACCACCAGCCCCCACUCCCGCGCCACUCAAAUCGACGUCCUCCGCAAAGACCUGGACACCUGGCUCCAGACCGCUCCCCCCACCCCACCCCGCCCCAACGCCCUCUCCAUCUUCGCCAAAAAGGAAUGGUUCGAGCUGAACCACGCCUACUCCAUCCUCUUCCUCUACCGCGGCAUGCUCGCCAGCAAAGACUCCGACGAGCGCAUCUUCCGCGAGUGCUCCGCCGCCGCGGCCACCAUCUGCCACGAGUACCGCCGGCAGUACAUCGGCCGCCCCGUCAACUACACCUGGGGCUCCGUGUACACCCUCUUCCUGGCCGGGCUGACGUACCUGCACUGCCUGUGGAGCUGUGCGGGGGUCCGCGACAGCGCCAAGUUCCACGAGAUUAGCAGUACCUGCACAGACUGCCUGAUGGUCCUGGUCGUGAUCGCGGAGCGGUGGAAGGGCGCGGCCCCGUACCGCGAUAUUCUGGAUACGUUGGCGAAUCGGACGAUGGCGGCGGUGUCGGAGCAGGGGGUGGAGAAGGCGGCUAGUCCUACGGCGGGGCCGGCGGCGGGAGGAUCAUUUCAGUAUAUGACGGAGAUCGAGCACUUCGAGCUACUGGAUGGGGUGGAUCGGUUUUUUAUGGACUUUUUGGGAGAUUCUAUGAAUGAAGGGUUGGGGUUUGAGCCAAAGUGGGGCUGA